AUGGCGAGCGCGUCGCUACUGACGUAUCUUUCCAGUGACGAGCUGCCGCUACUACUCAACUGCCUUGAUGCCUUUUUGACACAAGCGACAGAGCGACAGGUCCAUGCAGAUGUUAUUGACAGUCGCGACGCAAGUCAAGACCCGGCUGACAAGACGCUCGCGGAUGAUUUUGACGCUCUGGAGUUGCUACUGCGCCGUCUGGCGGACGCUACGCCGGCGCUACAGCAGCGCGCAGUGGACUGUGGACUGCUGCAUGUGUCGAGACUGGUCCCGUUGUGUCAGGUCUUGAGUGUCAAUAAUGCCCGUGUCGUAGCCGCACUUUUAGACGCGGUUGUCAAAAACGUGGCUGCAUUUUUGACAACGCUUACAGACGUGCAGCAACUUUACUGUGCGCAACUUCAUGACGUUUAUAGCGGUAUGUUGCAGGUAAAGGGUCAAGUCCAGGACCAUGUUGUCGACCAUCUGAUUCGACGCGGUUACGAGCUGAGUCUGUCAAUAAAUGGCUUGAUGACAGCUACGUCAAUCACCAAGUUGCUGCUGCUGGAGAGUCCGUACUUUUUGACAGAGCUGUCAAUAACUAACCAGUCGCUGCUCUAUAAACUCGUGCAGUGGUACGAAGUGGUAAUGCCGACUUUUCAUCGCCAGUUUUUGACUCGCUCAAUAGACGAUCGGAAGGAGAUGCAGCCGCGUCUGUUGAUGAUUGCAAAGACUCGAGAGACGCUGUUGAAAGUACUGGGACGAUGUGUGGACGUGAUGCUGAACGAGAUCAAGUCAGUGGAUGCUGAGAAGCUGCUGGCUGGGCUGCACGCUCUGAGCGAUUGCUGUGCAGACGAAGAUGAGAAUGCAGAGCACGGGUCAUUUUUGAGUGACUUGUGGUUCCUAUGUGGAUACAAAGCGAAGGUGGCAGACUACUUUCAACGCUGCCAAUUUGAUUCUGAGCACUCUUCGUACCUAGACAUGCUGAUGGAAGGACUCCCGCGACGACGCGUUCUUCCUAAAUUGCUCGUGGACGAUUUGGCUGCAGAAGCCAAGUCGAAAUCGACACCUUCGAAGGAUAGCAAGGCAGGCGAAGCUGGUGAUGUCUGUGAAGAGAAAAGUGCUGGUAUUUCGCCGAGCGGUGAGCCGGAGCUGGAGCUGGCUUUAAUGAUACAUCAAGUACGGGAGUUCUUUCCUGAUUUGGGAGAAGGAUACGUUGAGCUUUGCUUGCUGAGCUCGGAUUUGCAAGUAGAGGCUGUGGUUGAUUUUCUGCUGGAACGCAAUCCUCCGCCUAUUUUGCUUGACGUGUCCCAGGAUCUGAAACGAACAGACGUUGAGUUUACACGCUUGGAAGCUCAGAUUACUGGAAAACCUGCACCUGCACUGAAGGUUGAUCAUUCGAAGAUGCUUCAUCCAAGCCAAGUAUGGGUGGGUAAAAAGAAGAUGGAAAAGACAUACGACCCUCAAAGUGUGAAGAAGGAUGAGCAGCUGUACGAGAAGAUGAAGGAGCUGGUUGUGAUGUACGGUGAUGAGGAUGAUGAUAGCAGCGGAGAUGAGAAUCGCGUGGAUAAUGCUGUGGGCACACUCGACGAGUACGACGACGAUUACAAUGACGAGUUUGAUGACUUUGUGCCCUUCACUAUUCGCGAUGGCGGUAGCGCAGACGACCAGGAUACGAUCCGCGAACAGAACCGCAAGGUUCGGGCAAAAGAGGAGAAAGAAGCGUUUUGGGAAGGCAUGAAGAACCGCAAUCGUGAAAGCGCCCGGAUUUCUACUGAUGAUAGUAAGAGAGGUGAUGACGGAGAACAGGCGAAAAAGCUGGGUGAGCAAAAAGCUCCGGGUACAUCGUCAGGAUUUCCGCAGCUUUCUUCUGAUGCAACGCACAAAUCUGCUCGGCAUAAAAGCAACAAGCCAGGUGGUGAAACGGGGCCAAGCGAAGCAUUAAUGCCACAGCAGAUUCAACGCCAGCGAGCAAGGAAAGACAAGAACAAGGCUAAAAUAGCAAACCACAACCGAAAGGACCGUGCGAUGAAAAAGGCGGGCUAA